UUUCUUUUACAUUUUUAUAUUUAUAUUUUCAUUGUAGAGGGCCCUUUGUGUGAAAGAAAGAGACAAUGACAGGUCUGCUGUGCAUCACCAUAAUCUCCCUGACCCUGGCUGGCAAUGUGUACAGUCAGGUGACGAGCACCCCAGCACCACUAUCAGCUAAGGUUAUUGCUGACCUUGGUGCCAAUGUCACCUUGCCCUGCCGGCUCCUGGCCAAAGACAGCGAUUUCUUUGGUAGCACUGCUAUCCGAGUCAAAUGGACCAAGGUAGCGGAUGAUGAGGCUCUGAAUGAGGAUGUGCUGUCUUCUAUGGGGUUCCACAAGAAGACCUAUGGAAGCUUUGAGGACCGUGUCUUUCUGCAGGAGCAAGAUGAUGAGGAUGCCUCCCUAGUAAUGACUGACAUCGCUAUGGAUGACAUGGGAAGGUAUCGCUGUGAGAUCAUCAGUGGGAUGGAAGACACAGUGCUAGAGAUUCUCUUAGAGGUGCAAGCUGGCUUUACUGAUGGUGUUGUGUUCCCAUACUCCCCCAAUGUGGGUCGCUACAACCUGAACUUCCAAGACGCUGUGCAGGCCUGCCUGGACCAGAAUGCUAUGAUCGCUAACUUCGACCAGCUGUAUGUGGCCUUUAAAGGUGGCCUGGACUGGUGCAAUGCUGGCUGGCUGGAUGAUGGCACAGUGCAGUAUCCGAUCACCAAUCCCAGAGGGCCUUGCGGUGGCACCAACAACGGGCCUGGCGUCAGAAACUAUGGCCGCCGUGACAAGAUGAGCCGCUAUGAUGUGUUCUGCCAUUCUACUGCACUGAAUGGACAUUUCUAUUGGCUGGUCCAGCCAGAGAGGCUGACCUUUGACGAGGCUGUGCAGGCAUGCUUAGAUGACGGUGCAGAGAUCGCCAAGGUGGGCCACAUGUACUCUGCCUGGAAGCUUGAAGGCUACGAUCGCUGCGAUGCUGGCUGGUUGGCUGAUGGUAGUGUCCGCUACCCUAUCUCCAGGCCCCGCAAGAACUGCAGCCCCACAGAAGCUGCAGUGCGCUUUGUCGGAUUCCCAGACAAGACAGAAAAGAUCUAUGGCGUAUACUGCUUCAAGGCUGAUCAGUGAGGGGGGAUAUGUAGCUGAGUAGGGAAGCCAUAACCACCAAAGAGCAGCAAAAAACCACAGCCAGUAAAAUCAACAAUAAAGCAUGUAAGCUUUGGAUCUUAACUAGCAUGAUUUCAAUACCUUUCAGAAACUGUGAUAACCCUUUUUAACUCCUAGAGAACACA